GACGGCGAAAAUCGUGCCGUUAUGUCGAGUGGCUGUAGCUUGUAACAGUUUGUACUACUCGUUAAACCGGAUUUAAACCGAAGCGGAGGACUUCUCUUCUUAGCCGUGCUGAUAAAGGAUCUGCUUAGGGCUGCGUUUUAUUGAUAGUACGUGGCAACUGUGAAGUUUUUUUUUAACGACGUGGAAGCGUUUAGUGUGGAAGGAAGAGGAGCCGUUGGAUUUGCCUGUGGAUCCGUGAACCCUCGGUCUGGAUAGCAUUCUCAAGAUCACAGCUGCAGGCCAUUUACUGAUGGGUACAUACUGUGAGGCAACACGCCAAGAGAGCUGCAAAUCAUUCAGAAAAGACAGGAACUGUGAAAAAAUGAAGACGAGCUAGAUACUGUCUCUACAGAGCUGUUAAAGACUGUAGUUUAUAAUCCUGAAUCAGAGAAACCUGAAAAGUAACUUUGCUGGUUGAAGCUCAUCUACGAGAGAAGGCCGUGACACAAAGAGAUCAAUAUGAGUGCUGAAGGAUAUCAGUACAGAGCGCUUUAUGACUACAAGAAGGAGAGGGAGGAGGACAUUGAUCUGCAUGUGGGAGAUAUACUGUUGGUAAGCAAAGGAGCCCUGGUGGCUCUUGGGUACACUGAUGGGCUGGAGCAGAGGCCAGAUGAGAUUGGAUGGCUGCCAGGCUUCAAUGAAACCACUCAGGAAAAAGGGGACUUCCCUGGGACAUAUGUCGAGUACAUUGGAAAGAAAUGGAUCUCUCCCCCAACACCCAAGCCAAGGCCCCUCAGACCCUUACCUGUAGCUCCGGGCUCCUUCAAGGCGGAGGUAGACUCUGACUCAGAGCAAGGCCUCUGUCUGCUGGACGUGACGGAGCAAUUCUCCCUUCCAGAGACCGCUCCUCCCAUGCUGGCCCGGCUGCUGGAAGCUAUUGAGAGGAAAGGUCUGGAUAACCCCACCUUAUAUCGAACAUUUACUGCUGGUGCUGGACUUGAAGUCAGACAGUAUUUUGACUGUGAUCCUCCCUCUGCAGACCUGGAUCAGUUUGAACUUCCAGUCCUGUGUGAUGGUCUGCGCAGGUACCUGCAGGAUCUUCCACAGCCCGUCGUCCCCACAGCAUUAUAUGCUCAGAUGGUCCUCACUGCUAAAGAGGUGGUGAAUCCUGAGGAAUGUGCCCAGCUGCUACGUCGCAUUGCCAGCACCCCGAGCCUGCCUCCCCAAUACUGGCUAACUCUCCACUGUCUGCUAAGGCAUUUUGCAAGAGUGUGCCAAAACAGCUCCAAGAACCUGCUCUCUGCUCGAGCCCUGGGCGAGAUCUUCAGCCCUGUGUUUUUCAGACAACAAGUCACCAGUUGUGAACCCAGUCUCGAUGCUCACAUCAAGAUCGUCGAGGUUCUGGUGACCAGUGAAUGGAGUGAAAGUCAAGCUGCUCCAGCUCUACCUCCAAAGCCACCCAAGCCCACAUCUGUGACUAACAAUGGUAUGAACAACAACAUGGCUCUGCAAGACGCUGAAUGGUACUGGGGAGACAUCUCAAGGGAGGAGGUCAACGAGAAACUUAGGGACACCGCAGACGGUACUUUUUUGGUGCGAGAUGCCUCGACAAAAAUGCAUGGAGACUACACCCUGACUCUGAGGAAAGGAGGAAACAACAAGCUCAUUAAGAUAUUCCAUCGGGAUGGGAAGUACGGCUUCUCAGACCCACUGACCUUCAGCUCAGUCGUUGAGCUCAUCAACCACUAUCGCAAUGAGUCACUGGCUCAGUACAACCCCAAGCUAGACGUCAAGCUACUGUACCCGGUCUCCAAACACCAGCAGGAUCAGGUGGUGAAAGAAGACAACAUCGAAGCUGUGGGGAGGAAGCUCUGCGAGUACCACCAGCAGUACCAGGAGAAGAACAAGGAGUAUGACCGUCUGUAUGAAGAGUACACCAGAACGUCGCAAGAAAUCCAAAUGAAAAGGACGGCGAUAGAAGCUUUUAAUGAGACUAUAAAGAUCUUUGAGGAGCAAUGCCAAACACAAGAGCGGUACAGCAAGGAGUACAUUGAGAAAUUUAGGAGAGAAGGCAACGACAAGGAGAUUCAGAGGAUCAUGGGGAACUAUGAGAAGUUGAAAUCGAGGAUAAGCGAAAUUGUAGACAGCAAGCGCCGACUGGAGGAAGAUCUGAAGAAACAGGCGGCAGACUACAGGGAGAUCGACAAGAGGAUGAACAGCAUCAAGCCUGACCUCAUCCAGCUCCGCAAGACCAGAGACCAGUAUCUGAUGUGGCUGACCCAGAAGGGAGUGAGACAGAAGAAACUCAACGAGUGGCUCGGAAUCAAGAACGAGAACACAGAAGAUCAAUAUUCUAUGGUGGACGAUGACGAAGACCUUCCUCAUCAUGAUGAGCGGUCCUGGAAACUGGGCAACAUCAAUCGACUACAGGCGGAGGCGCUCCUACAGGGCAAGAGAGACGGAACAUUCCUGGUUCGAGACAGCAGCAAAGCAGGAUGCUACGCCUGCAGCGUUGUUGUGGACGGUGAGGUGAAGCACUGCGUCAUCAACAAGACCCCCUCAGGUUAUGGCUUCGCCGAGCCGUACAACCUGUACAGCUCAUUGAAAGAACUCGUACUUCACUACCAGCACACGUCUUUGGUCCAGCACAAUGACUCUCUGAAUGUGACGCUAGCAUACCCAGUUUAUGCCCAGCAGAGACGGUGAGGACCCAGACGUAUCCACAUGGACACAAAAAGAAAAGGCCUCAUGGGAAGUUGGAGAUACACGUCCUUGGACUCCGUGACUAAACGAGGCUCUGGUGCCCAAGUCGGACUUGAAAACGGAGGAAAAGACGCAAUAAAGCCUGAAACAUUUCAAUGACUUUGCCUGACCACGAGCCUGAAUGUAGAUUUAUUUCUCUUUUUGCUUUUUGUGGGAGCACAGAAUCAAGCGGAAACUGCUGACCUCUCCCCCAGCGGAGGACAUUUGAGGCCUUUUCCCAAUGGUGCUUGUUCUUUUUCAAAGCUUUACCAGCCGGAAUGUCUAAUCGCAGCAGAUAAACUCUUCAAAUGGAACUGUACCCACCGGCCACAACUUCGUUUUUCCACUUUUGUUUUUUUUUUUCCUUUCACAUCAUUUGUGUGUGUGUGUGUGUGUGUGUGUCUCUGU